AUGAGUCAAAGAAACGUGCCUAUAUCGCUGCUUCUAGGCGGUGGCGAGGAGAAUGCCAAACAGGAAUAUCAGUAUGCCAACCAGAGUCAGACCCCAGCUCCACACAUGGGAUCCCAAAGUCCACAGCCGCUUAACUCGGCUUCGCCAUACAGACCGAACCCAAUCCUGAGUCUUGUUUCUGACUUCCAAGCGCAGGGCGAACUAAGGCCCAAUCUGGCGCAGAAACCCAUAGUGAUAGACGACGAGCGUUCUUCACCACCAGAGAUUGUUGUGGUGGACGAUAACGAAAGAGCUCUGCGGCUGCCCGUGCCUUUAGCACCAUCGUAUCGCAGGCCGUCGCCGUUGGCGUAUAAGCUCAACACGAUGGGCGAUAAUCCUGGUGCAGUGCUGGACUAUAUCAAGAAUUUCCAAAGCAACUUCAAAGUGGGCUCCACGGAGCCAAUCGACAGUUCUACCAUUCAGUGGAGGGCAGGUGGCCCAAGCAAAACAAGCAUUAAUUCCAUCAUCAACUCCGAGGAAAGCAACGCACUGCUGGCGCCAGCUCCCGAGAAGAAGAAGAGAGCAUCAUCCGCAAAGACGGAAUCUGCUGCUAAAAAGGCCAAGACAGAGAAGAAGACAGCAAAAGGUGACGUCAAGGCAGAGCCCAAGAAGCCAGGCCCCAAAAGCAAAAAGAAGACUCCUGAAAUUGCCAUUGCACCUGCUGAUAAACCAUCCAUACAUCCUACGGCCACAGCCGAUAAAGCCAAGACGAAAAGUCAGCCUGUCAAGCUAGAAAAGCCUGCUGUCAUGUCGCUCAAGAAGGAGGACCAGCUGGAUGAUUCGAAGAACUCACCCCACGAAGACAAGAAGGAUAAGCUGGCGGCACCUCCACCUAUCAUUGCAUUAAAUAUUCCUCUCCUUGAUCCUAAGGCACCCAUGCCCGGUCAAGCUGAGGUAGUUGUUAAUGUGCUCAAACUUGCAGAGGAGAAGUACGGCUGGAACACGAUACACCCCAAUGCAAAGUCAGCAAUUGACCUCAUGGAUGAGAUGCUUGACGACGAAGACGAAGGUGCCGACGAAGAUGACGAUGACGAGCUACAGGUUGUAGAUGAAAAGGGCAAUACGCUAGCUCAGAACGAAAAGAACGCUCAGAAUGAGAAGAGCAAUGCUACAAGCAAGAAGAAGAACAAUGACGAGUUAACAGAGGAGCAAAGAGCCAGACAGCAUGAGACUCGUAUGAACAGGAAAGUGGGUAAGUACGAUUACGAAGAUCCCUUCAUUGAUGAUGAGGAGCUUCAGUGGGAAGAAGAAAUCACAACAACCAAGGAAGGUUUCUUCGUUUACUGGGGACCCUUGGUGGAGGACAGAGCUACUACAUCGACCACCAAGAAGGGUGCUGCAAAGGGCAAGAAGUAA